AUGGCAAGCUGCUCGCCCCGGCCGCGCACCAGCGCCGUCAGCGCGUCCGGGGGGUGCAGCGCCGCCGAGCCCGUCGUCACUGAGGCGCAACUGCAAGAAUUCCGCAAGACCAUCUCCGAGCUGGAUGCUGUGCUGGCAGUCGGCAUCGCCGCGUGGCUGCGCAAGCGCGGCAAGGCGCUGCGCCCCAAACUGACGGAGGAGCAGAAGGAGCAGCUGCUCGAGUGCUUCGACCUCAUGGAUGCGGACGGCUCGGGCGCCAUCGACGCCGACGAGAUGGGCGCGGCGUUCAAGCUGCUGGGGUUCCACCUGCGGCGCGAGGAGGUGGAGGGCAUCCUGUCGGAGGUGGAUCACGACGGCUCGGGCGAAGUGGAGUACCCCGAGUUUGUUGAGAUCAUGACGACCACCCUAGCCAAGCUGGAGCACAAGAAGGAGGAGGAGGGCGGCAGCGCGCCCCCCGUGCCCUUUGCGCUGCUGGCCACGGCAUACAAGCGCAAGCGCAUCAUGGAGGGCUUGAUCAGUGGCGACAGGGACAUGCUAGCGCAGGUGCGCCAGGGGUUGGGCCGGCCGAGGCGAACCCGGAUGCGGGGCGCGCUCACCGUCGGUGGCUCGAGCUACAAGAGCUUGGGCUAUGGGAGCGGCGGCAGCGGGAGUGCCACCCCAAGCAUGCGCAGCAGCAACACAGGUGCCCACACCAGCACCCUGAGCACUAACCCAGCACAGCAGCAGCCCACGCCCAACGCAGCCAGCCCCGGCCAUCCGACGACCGCUGGCGGCCUGAAGGCAGCGGCAGCGGCGGUGGCUGGCCUGGAUCCGACCCGGCCAGGGCGGCUGACUCGGCUGCUGCGGAAGAUAAGCACAGCCGGCAGGGCCGCGAGAGACCACAGCGGCGCGCUUAUGGACGAGGAGAUGCGGCUAGAGGGAGGGGCGGCCGGGGAGGCCCCGACGGCGCUGGCGGUGCACCUGGCGGCGACCGGGGGCCUGGGGGAGGACGAGACCGCGACGCUGAGUGAGUUGCGAUGA